AUGACCCUUGUACCAUUCUUGUUCGUUUACCAUGAUGUGUUCAAUAAAACCAAUUUUUCUCUCCGUAACUUUUUCCAGACGUGGAGCGAUAUGAAGCUUCGAAUUAAGAAACUGGCGGCCAGCCUGACAAACUUGCCAACAGGCAAUGCCGGGAAGCCGCCAAUGAAAUUAAAGCCAGAAGAGGAACUGGUGUACCAUCUUUGCGGGGGGAAAGAUUUCAUCGGCGCAGGAACGGAGGAGGAAUUGGGGGUAGCCCUGAUGUUACUAUUUCUUGCAAUACCAUGCGUCUUCCUCGUGGUAAACGUGAGAGCAAUGGGCGAUUCGCCGCGGUCUGAUUAUUUCCACCCGCUGGGCGGACUUACGAUGCAAUUGGAAUCUUACGUUAAAGAGCACGGGCCUACUGAGGGACUGGAGGCAGACUUGUGGUUUGAGCAAAAGCUCGAUCACUUCACACCCUCUAAUACGGAGGUAUUUUCUCAGAGAUACGCGAUGAACAAAGCGUAUUAUGGUAAUAACAGUCUUGCGUUUCUCUUGAUCUCUGGAGAUAUGGCUAUGAUUGAACACUUCAUUGGAUACAGCUUUAUGGGAGAUGAAGCUAGAAAAUGGAGAGCUGCAACAUUUAUGCUUGAGCACAGAUUCUACGGUAAAACCAUACCAAAAGGCAACUUAGAGAUGGACUCACUAAAAUACUUGAGCAGUGAGCAAGCGCUGGCCGAUGUCGCGAAUUUCAUAACGCAGAUGAACAUUCAACACGGAUUCGAGAAUCCAAAAUGGAUCGUUUUCGGAUGGAGCUACGCAGGAUCCUUAGCAGCUUGGAUGAGAUACAGAUAUCCCCACUUGGUCUACGCAGCGGUAGCUUCGAGCGCUCCUCUUGUGGCUAACGCAGACUUUUCAGGUUACUUCCAAGAGGUAUCAAAAGCUCUGACUACCGUGGAGCCGAAAUGCGCGGAUCCCAUUCGAGAUGCGUUUAGUAUUAUGAGCGCCGGCAUGAAGAACAAGACGAAACGGGCGCACUAUGCCGAACUUUUCAAUCUCUGCGAGCCUUUGGAGGAUAAUAAAAAUGACAUCGCGCAUUUGUUUCAAACCAUAUCUUAUACUUUCGCCUACGUUGUCACGUACCGCAAUCAAGUGGGAAUGACGGAAAUCAGCAUAGAAGGUGCUUGUGAAAUCAUGGCUGAUGAAACAACAAAGUGCCCAGUCCAUCGACUUGCAAAUUGGUUUAUGAAAUUUUAUUGGACGGCGUGCUGGGACCACAGAUACUCUACUUUGCUCGAAUAUAUAAAGAACACAACCGCCAGAGAGUAUGGAAACUUCCGGCAGUUGUAUUACCAGACAUGCACAGAGUUCGGUUGGUGGCACCAUACAUCUAGUAAAAAAAGCGACACAUUUAGUGAUAAACUAAGCAUGGAUUUUUACUCUAACAUCUGCAAGGAUGCUUACGAUUCCAGAUUCAAUGCGUCGUUCAUGGAGUCGGCUGCCCGAGAAACAAACAUUCACUACGGAGGAACUUCGCUGGAUGUUAGCAGAGUGUUGUUCGUCCACGGAACAUGGGAUCCCUGGGCUACUCUCGGCAUCACCAAAGAACCUCCGAAAGGAAGUAUUGCUGUCUUCAUUAAAGGGGUAGGCCACUGUGCAGAUGCAUUUCCAAGUGGGCCGAGUUCUAUGGUGCAAAUAAAAAAGGCACAGGAGAAAAUGUCACGUAUUUUACAAAAAUGGACGAGUGGGAAGAUACAGGAGCAUGAAAAUCAAUCAGUUUUCUACUUUUAGAAAUCAUUUGUCCUACAUGUGAAUAUUGAGCGUCGUCCAAGAUUGUUUUAAAAUACUCAAAAAGAAAAAAAUAAAAUAAAAUAAAAUAAAAUAAAAAAAUAAAAAUAAAUCCAUCUACAUUCAAUCCGUGCAUGUAAUUAGAGCUCAAGAUAUUAAAGAUAAAAUCAAUAAUAAGGCACAUACGCACGGAGAGCCUCUUUAAUGGAUGUAAAACAUCAUCGUUCGUCUACAAUUGGACGUAUUUAUGCUAAAA